AUGUACACAGGCGAUCAUACGCACACGGAGACGGAUGUACACAGGCGAUCAUACGUUACACAGGCGAGUUGUACACAGGAGCACACGAAGGCGCACGGAGACGGAUACACUCUAUUGCGGAACUUGCAUCCGUACAUGCAGUGCAGAGACUUGGACGGUUUUAGAAUUCUGAUUCAUUUGGCUUUGGUGCAGUUACCCCUCGAAAGGCGUGUCGAGACGUGUUCCAGAUUUCUGUUGCAUUACUCGUACUUUGCAGAACGGUUGAGCGAUUCUCCGCUGGGAGAUGCCGUGUACGAGUGGUGGCUGGACGACAUGUACCUGAACGUGUCCCUGCCUCUUCCUGUCAACAGCAACCCUGGCAUGGUUUUCCCGCAUCAGAAAUUCGCCUCCGAUGCUGACAUGAUCAACUUCGCUGCCCGUCUCGUCAUCGCCUCAAUCGACAUGAAGGAGAGAAUCGAACUAGGCGACCUGGACGUCGACCGCUGCAGCGCCAGGGAGAAGCACCAGCCGAUGUGCAUGUCGCAGUACAACCGGGUGUUCUCGUCCUACCGGCGGCCGGCGAUCCCCAAGGACAAGCUCCUCUCGGUGGCAGAGUUCCAGAAGGAAAAUCAGCACAUCAUCGUUUACUACAAGAAUCACAUCUACCGAGUGGAGGUGGUGGUGGAGGGCCUGAAGAUGACGCUGCAGCAGGUGGUGUCCCAGAUGCGCGAGAUCCUCCGGGAGGUGGACGAGUACGAGGGCGCGGACCCCCCUCCCGUCGGGGUCAUGACGGCGGAGAACCGACGGACGUGGGCCCAGAGCAGACAGCUUCUGUGCGGAGACCAAGAGAACCAGAAAGUGCUUCGAAUCAUCGAAACGAGCGUGCUUCUGGUCUGCUUCGACGACCCGCUUCCCUCCCGCUUCAACCUGACGACGAGAACGAGCCACCGAGCCAGCCUCUCGAAGCGGUCCAGCAGCUUCAAUAUGAAUGCCCAGAACUCGGUGAGGAUAGAAGUCACCAUGCGGGACGAGGUCAACGCAGGUCACCAGAUGAUUCACGGAGGCGGUUACAACCACAACACAGCCAACAGGUGGUUCGACAAGACCAUUCAGUUCGUGGUGACCCGCGACGGCUGGUGCGGCCUCUGCUACGAGCACUCCUGCGCCGAGGGCAUCGUGGUGAUCCAGCUGGUGGAGCAGGUGCUGCAGGCCAUCGCCGCCGAGACGCAGCCGCCCCCGCCGCCCGAGGAAGCCGACGAGGAAAGGGCGCCGGGCGAAGGGGCGGCCGAGAGGCACGACAGCUUGACGGUUCCCGAGGGACAGGUCCUGCCCGCCCCCGAGGAGCCGGCGCCCACGCCCACGCGGCUCGAGUGGAGGGUCACGCCCGUCAUCUACAGGAGGAUACAGGAGGCGGCCGACCGUGUGGACAAGCUGGUGGAGGAUCUGGACUUCCGCAUCCUCCGAUACCUCGGCUUCGGCAGGAACUUCAUGAAGAGAGUCAAGUGCUCCCCCGACGCCUUCCUGCAGCUGGCUCUCCAGCUGGCGUUCUUCAGGUGCCACGGACAGCUCACCAGCACCUACGAGAGUGCCAGCACCCGACGGUACCGCAACGGCCGAGUCGACAGCAUCCGAGCCAACACGCCGAGGGUCCUGUGGUGUGAGGCCAUGGUCAUCAAUGCUCCGAUCGCCGACCGCCUGGCCAAGUUCGACACAGCCAUCGCACUCCAGACGGAUAUAAUGGUCAACAACAUCCUGGGACGAGGCAUCGACAUCCACCUGCUGGGCCUGAGAGAGAUGGCCAAGGAAAUGGGCCUAUCCACGCCCGAGAUCUUCAGCCACAGGUCAUACCAGGUGUCAAACCACUUCCGGCUUUCGACAAGCCAGGUUCCCACGCUCUCUGACUCCUGGAUGGGCUACGGCCCGGUGGUUCCCGACGGCUACGGAGCCUCCUACAACCCCCACCCGGACUACAUCGUCUUCUGUCUCUCUGCUUUCAAAUCCUGCGAAGAGACCUCGACUCUGGAGUUCGGACGCGGCCUCGAGAGGGCCCUCGACGAAAUGAAGUCGCUCUUGGAAGCCAGGCUCAAAUAGGCCGAUUUAUCUACACUUUUCCUUUUUUAUUUAAGUCUGCGAUGAAAUGCGCGGAUACGUUUUCUCUGAUCUAAAGGAUGGUUGUUGAUACUUGAAUCCUGUGUUCUAGACGAACGCUUGUUAAGUCCAGGCAAGUUAGCCAUGUGCCACUAUAUUCUAUCGUGAUCUUGUUACCAAAGAUAUCCAAGAUAUCUAUAAAAUAUUAAAUUUUUACGGAAAAUUGUCUACUAGUUUUCUCAGACGAUGAUUACGAAAAAAAAAAUAAUAGAAAUAUUGUUAGCAAAUGAUCAUUGUCGAGUUUAUACGAAAGGAUCUCAUAUGGAAAUGCACAUAUCUUUAGCUUUAGGAUUGUUGAUAAUCAUAGAAUAUAUGUCCUCGAUAUAGUUGGUGUAUCCAGAGUAUAUUGUCACUCGAGUAUUUCGGUUUUCGUUGUUUUUGGCCGCAUCUGUAGGGACUGUCUCUGCCGAGCAAAUGCUAACUAGUCUUAAGAGAGGAGAGAAUCGUCGUCAUAUUUUUGUAUUCUCUUGAUUCCCUCCUUUAAAAAAAAAAAAUGCAAUAAAUACGAAUAAUAAAAAAAAAACAAUAGGAAGGAGGAAGAAAAACAAAAUGACACUGUAAUACAAAAUACUUAAGUUUAGUUACCUGAAUGUUUUCCUAAAUGUUUUGCAUAAUUAUGAUUUACAUUUCAUUCUGAUUUUGAUACAGACUUCGGUCCGUUUCAUCAGCGACAUCACUGUAAGGUCAAAGAAAUUAGAUUUCACAUUCUUUGUUUUAGAUUAAUUUUAUCUG